AUGGCCAGCACUAGUGUAUUGUUGAUACCACUUGUCAUGGUUGUGAAAAUUAUUAAAACACCUGGAACGUUUAUACAAGAGCCAUCCAUAUUAUACAACUGGAUUACAAAACCACAAGACAGUAAUUUAUUAGAAAACAAAGAAACACCUAAUUUAAUGCACAGAAAUUAA